CAUUCUCAUCACUUCCUUCUCUGAGUUUACGAGUAGCGUGUGUGUUUGGACAAACAGCAUUCCCAAAGGGGUGUCAUUGCCGAGAAAGAAGGAAAAAAACAAGACAAAGAGUGUGAAACUUUGCUGGAUUGUAACUGACUCCGUCACAUUCAAGAUUUGCAGGAUGUCUCUGACUAUGUCUCAGGGCGAGGGGGUGACCCUGAUCACCAUCAACUCAAACCCCAACAGCAAAUGGCCGAUACUAUGUCAGAUCCUGGGUGCUCUGUGUUACAGUCCAGUGUGUUCUGUGUCACAGCAUGCGAAAUCAAAGAUGAUUGGCAUCUAUAUGGCGCUUGGGAUUGUGCAGAUUAUAGUAGGAAUCCUCAAUAUUGUGACCGGGAUUUUAUUUUUAAACUUGGGGAUACACGAUUACAUUAUGAGGUCUGAUACUCCUCUUUGGUUUGGUGGUGUGUUCAUUGUAAUUGGAAUCCUGUCUAUUGUUGCAGCUCAGAUUCCCAGUUAUUUUCUGUGUCUCGUCGCUGUGGUGCUGAACAAAGUCAGUGCUGUUCUGGCUAUGGUAGGCCUAGCGUUGUAUUCAUGGGACUUGAUGAGCUUUCAGAGAACAGUAGCUCUGGAAUAUGAGCAUCCGUUUUAUAUUGGGAUCCGUGAAGGGCUGGAUGUCACUAUGAUGAUCUUUUCAGGCCUUCAGCUCAGUGUGACCCUCAGUUUCUCUGUCUUGACUUUGAAAGAAUUGUUUGAAAUGGAUUCUGGGAAGGACCUUCACUUUUACAAGCCACUCAAAGAAGAUCUCACUGUCAGUCAUGUAUGUUAGAAAAGCAACAAAGAAAAUCGAAUGUAGCCUACAUUGUAGUGUUGUUAUGUACAAUUUUCCUCACUUAUGGAAUCGAAAAAAAUUCUUUCUGCAAAAAGACAUUGGAGUGGCUUUUUUAAAAAUCCAUAUCCCCUUGUAAUUUUCUUGCAUUUAUAAACCUUUACAUGUUCAGUUUACAUAAAAUCUCUGCCUUCAUGUCUCAUAACUGACCUUGGACAAAGCUUAUUGACCAGACCUGGAACAUUCUGGAUAAUGCAUGGUUUCACAGAGAAUUUACCUCAAGUUUGAACAAACAACCCACACAGCAACAUUGUGCCGGCCCAGAUCCGGGCCAGAUGUGGGCCGACUCUAUUGUUGUCUGGGAACAAUCAUAUCGGCUGGCAUAAAUGGCAAUUAAACAAACCAACGAUGUGGAACAUGAUAACUAGUAUGAUUCAUUCAUUUUCUGAUAUCAGAGCUGAGCAAAUAAACACCAUUAGUGAGUA